AUGAUCGAAGCCCCAAAUCAGUACAUAGCAGAUGUGGAUAUAUCGAUUAACGAUGUGAGGCAGACCUCGGAUAUUGGGACAUCCUCUGGUCAACAACAUGGUCAAUACUGCGAUUUUGGUGAUGCAACAAAUAAAUGCAUCCAUUGUGGGGCUUUGUUUUGGUUUGAAGAAAGGAAGAAGAAUUUGUCAACAAAAGCAUCGCCACUGUUUAUGUUGUGUUGCAACAAUGAGAAGAUCAAGUUGCCGGAGAAUAAGUUGCCACCAAAAGGUAUAUUUGAUCUCUUUUUCGGCAAUGACGAAUUAUCAAAAGAAUUUUUACACAACAUCAGGACCUACAACGACAUGUUCUGCUUCACAUCCAUGGGAGGAAAAAUUGACAAGACUUUAUACAUAUACGACACGGCAAAUGAAAAGAACAACCGUAUAAAUGCUGUGAGGGGUAGUGGUGAGCAAGAUGACAUUCAGGUAGAAAUAGUGAAUGUCAUUCAGAAAGACCUCGAUGAAAAUAAUGUUUUGGUUAAGUCUUUUCGGAUGGCUAUUUCUGAGCUGGAUAUUAACCCAUGCGCCGAAGUCAAAAUAAAGUUGUUGGGAAAACGAACUAAAGAUGCGAGGACAUAUAAUCUGCCGCAAGUGUCUGAAGUAGCAGCUUUAAUUGUGGGAGAUCUGGAUACCAGUAUUGGCGAGCGUGAUAUUAUUGUUCAAUCUAAGGGUGGCCACCUACAAAGGAUAAGUGAAUUAAAUCCUUCAUACUUACCACUGCAAUACCCUCUUUUGUUUCCAUAUGGCGAAGACGGUUAUCGGGAAGACAUUGCAUUCACGAACGCAGUAGGCAAGCGUUCUUCAGGUGGUAGGCAGAGGAUUAGUCCCAGGGAGUUCUUUUGCUACCGCAUACAGUCUAGACAGUCAGCUCCGAGUACCAUACUAUUUGCAAAGCGGUUGUUCCAACAGUUUGUUGUAGAUGGAUACACAAUGGUUGAGUCUGGAAGACUAAUUUAUAUAAGGACACACCAAAAAAGCCUAAGGUGUGAGAGUUACAGUGGAUUGACUGAUGCUUUAACAAGGGGUGAAUUAAGCCCCGCAGCCCAAGGUCGCAGAAUAAUACUACCUUCAAGUUUUACUGGUGGUGCUAGAUACAUGAUACAAAACUACCAAGAUACAAUGGCAAUAUGUAGAUGGAUUGGAUACCCAGAUUUAUUUAUAACCUUUACAUGCAAUCCAAAGUGGCCUGAGGUGCAACGCUUUUUAAAAGAUCAAAGGUUGAAGGUAGAAGACCGGCCGGACAUAAUUUGCCGCUUAUUCAAGAUGAAGUUGGAUGCCUUGAUAGCUGAUUGUCGAAAGAAUAAACUAUUUGGCCCUGUGGCGGGAGAGAUUCCAGAUGAAAAGAAAGAUGCAGAGUAUUACCAAGCGGUAGAGGAAUUUAUGAUGCAUGGUCCAUGUGGAAAAGCGGGGACCAAUUCUCCAUGUAUGGUAAAUGCGCGAUGCUCUAAACAUUUUCCUAAGAGAUUUGUUGAGAGUUCUACAUUUGAUGACGAUGGUUACCCGGUAUAUAGAAGGAGAGAUAAUGGCACUAUAGUUACAAAGAACGGGAUCGCCUUGGACAACAGGUAUGUGGUACCGCACAAUAGAUAUUUAUUGCUUAAGUAUAAGGCUCAUAUAAAUGUCGAGUGGUGCAACCAGUCACGCUCAAUCAAGUACCUGUUCAAGUAUGUUAACAAGGGUCAUGAUCGGGUGACAGCCGAAUUUUACAAAACAAGCAAUGAUGACGAGAAUGUGAAAGCAAUAUAUGAGAUUAAUAUGUACUAUGACUGUAGGUACAUAUCCCCAUGUGAAGCAGUUUGGCAUCUGUUUGGUUUUGAUAUACAGCUUAGGGCGCCUUUAGUGGAAAGGUUAAGCUUUCACCUUCCUAAUCAACAGAGUGUAAUAUUUGCAGAUGAUGAUGCUGUUGAGAACAUGGUUAAUAGACCUACCAUAGCACAUAGCAUGUUUUUGGAAUGGUUUAAAGCAAAUAAAACAUACCCCGAUGCAAGAGAACUUACUUAUGUUGAGAUGCCAACACGAUUCGUUUGGAAGAAAGACCUUAGAAAAUGGCAGCCAUGGAAAACAGGCUUCUCAAUCGGACGUAUAUUCUAUGUCUCGCCAGCUACUGAUGAAGCCAGUAAUUGGGCGUCAUCAGAUCAACUCAGGAGAUUGUUUGUGACAUUGCUAAUGAGCAGUUGCAUGGGGAAACCGGAAAUAGUUUGGCAUGUUGUGUGGCAACAUUUAUCAGACGAUGCACAAUUCAACGUCCGUAGACAACUGCAGAAUAGAGAUUUUGUGUUGACCAAUUCGCACAAGAUGAACUUUGCCUUAGUAGAGAUUGAGAAGCUAUUAUCUACUCAUGGUAAGAGUUUGAAGGACUAUCCUGAAAUGCCAACGGCAAAUUUUGGUGCCUUAAACGUUAUUGCAAAUAGGUUUAUUCAAGAAGAAUUAGCAUACGAUUGUGGCGAACAGGAGAAAGAAAAUCAGGAAUUGGUAAGGCAGUUAACAGAAGAACAAAAGGUCAUAUACAAUGAAGUGUUAACUGACAUUGAUCGCCAAGAUGGGGGGUUAUUCUUCGUUUAUGGUUAUGGAGGGACCGGUAAGACUUUCUUGUGGCGAGCACUUUCUUCCGCAUUAAGGUCUAGGAGUGAAAUAGUGUUAAACGUUGCCUCUAGCGGCAUAGCUUCGCUUUUAUUACCUGGUGGGAGGAUUGCACAUUCUCGGUUUGUUAUACCAAUAGCUGUUAAUGAAGAUUCCACAUGCAACAUACGUCACGGCAGUGAACUGGCAGAGCUACUUGUGCAAACCAAGUUGAUAAUAUGGGAUGAAGCCCCAAUGAUGCAUAAAUUCUGUUUUGAAACCCUAGACCGGACUAUACGGGAUCUGUUGCGCUUCAUAAAUCCAAGGAGUUCUGAUAUGACAUUUGGUGGUAAAACAGUUGUUUUUGGUGGCGAUUUCAGGCAAAUUUUACCAGUCAUUCCAAAGGGUACUAGACCGGAUAUUGUUCGAGCCAGCAUUAGCUCAUCAUAUCUCUGGAAAUCCUGUAAAGUCUUAAGGCUUACUAAGAAUCUACGUUUGAGAAGUGUUCAAUCAGAAAACGAGGGCAAGGAGAUCGAGGAAUUUGCAAAAUGGAUAGCUAAUAUAGGUGACAGAAUAAUUGGUAGUCAACUUGAUGGUGAGUCCGAGAUUACUGUGCCAGAACAUUUGUUGUUGAAGUGUGAGGAUGACCCUAUUGCUACAAUUGUUGAUAGCACAUUCCCUAAUUUCCGACUGGGAAUUGGCGAUUUGUCAUAUCUUAAUGAUAGUGCAAUUUUAGCUCCAACAUUGGAUGUGGUAGAUGCCGUUAACCAAUACAUGAAUGAUCAUAGUCCGACUGAGGGUAAGACAUACUUGAGUUGUGAUUCUGUGUGUAAGUCAGAUGCAAAUGUUGACAUGUUAGCGGAUUUGCACACUCCGGAAUUCUUGAAUGCCUUGAGAUGUUCUGGAGUACCAAAUCAUGCUUUGACUUUGAAAGUUGGAUCACCUGUUAUGCUAUUGCGAAAUAUUGAUCACACACUAGGAUUAUGCAACGGUACAAGGUUGAUUGUUACAAGCUUCUUCAUCCUUGGGAACUUCAAGUGGUCUAAAAAAGUUGAAGAAACUGUCACGAUGUUCAGUUUUAGUCAUAGGCUUGGCGUUCUUAGGCCCCUUCUUAGGUUUCUUCUUCAAGAUCUUCUAUGGCAGGAAUUUUCCUAG